CUUUAUAUCAGUUAUACCAAACGGAUAUGGUUUAAAUAAUGAAAUGGACUCAGCUAGGCUUAUUUUCAUUUUUAUAAUAUUGCAGAAUAUUCUCGACUGUGAUGGACUUAGUUUAACAGAUCAACUAAUUCGGUUACUGCAAUAUAGACGAGAUAUAGACUAUCCCGAAGAUUACCAAAUCUGGGUAGAAAGCCGGAGUGCUGAAGAAAAAUCUGAAGAGGCUUUAUCUCGAGAGGAAGAAACAGAAGAUGAGCCGUCUGAAUAUGUGGCAGCCGUGAGUGAACAUAAUAAUUUAAUAUUAAUCUGCCUCGUUGUUCUAACCGUCGCAAGCGCGGCUGCUGAGCACGAGGUCUCGGGUUCGAUUGCCGGGUCGGACGGAAAUCGCUCUACUCAAGAGGAAGAUGCAUUAGAUGAGCCCGCUGAAUAUGUGGCAGUUGACAAACCGGUCGCUCGGGUAAUAAGAGAUUACUAUAAGCUUGAACAAGAAAAGAAAAAGAAGAAAAUGCAAAUGGAGAGAGCAUUACUUGAACCACAAGAGAUGCACCCUUAUGUGGAAAUAAUGCCACCCCCACCUCCACCGCCUCCAGAAAGACAAUAUGAACAGGUUCGACAAGAGCUUUACCAACCACCUCGACCAGUCCAACCUCCUCCUGUGAGACCGUCAACUUUCAUACAACAACGUCCCGCCCUGUCUCAGAGACUACAGCAGAACCCAGUAAAGAUAAAGCCACGUUACGUGAAACCGAAAGCUAAAUUCGUACAGACAAAACGGAGGCAGCCUCAGAAAAUUGACAUGGUACAAAUAGAAGAGAAACCAGACCAAGCGCCUUUUGCGCCUCCAACAUUCGAUGACAUUGUGGACAUGAAAUUCGAAGUAGAAGAUGACGUCAAUUUACAAAAAGAUGCAAGACCUUUCGUGAUGCGGACAAACGAUGACACAGAUUUACGGCUAUUAAGAUCUGAACUACAAAACAUGACGAAGAUGCAAACGAAAGAUAUAGAGAAAAUGCAACUAGAAAUAUCCGAACUACGUAAAACAAACGAGCUGUUUAACAAGAAAGUCAAAGAUCUAGAGGAACGUCUUGAAUCUGCUAACCAAGAAAAAAAACACACCCCUCGAUCAUCUGCACUUGGACAACUUGAAGACACUGUGAUGAAAUUAGAACAACAGAUUCACGAGCGUGAGUUGGAACUUUUUUCCACUGAUUUGGAAAUACUCAACAUUCCUGAAAAAAGAGGAGAAGACCUUACAAGUAUUGUCCAGGACUUAGCUAGAUCUCUCGGAGUUCUUGUAGAAACACGAGACGUCGUUUUUACCGAACGAGUGGGAUCCAGCCUUGAUGGAGUAGGCAGUAUGCCGGAAGCUACGAGACAAGGGCCUAAACCUUCACCUAUCAUUGCACGGCUAUCAAGAAGCCCCUUACGAGAUGAAAUUGUACGUAGAGCUCGCUUAAAUCGCAAUGCUACCCGAGGCGCCGUGGUGAAAGAAAGGCUCGCGGAUUCGGACAAAGAAUUGUUUCGGCUCGCUCGCCAUAUAGCCAACAGCCGUGGCUGGAAAUACAUUUGGAUAAAACAAGGUCGAAUAUUAGCGAAACAAUCUGCGAAGCAUCCUACUUACUAUAUUCGUAAUGAGGCAGACAUCGAGCGAAUUUUUAGUAAAGCAGUAACUCCGGCUAUAAACCGGCCGGAUAGUAAACCAUUCGCCAGUGACACUGGGUCUAACAACACAAACGUUACUAGUAGACAGGUUAAACCGUUUGGCAAUACGGGAAUUGUUACCCAGACAGAAGAGUUUCCGACUAACUCACGCCCAACUUAUGAAAUUCGCUUUGAUCCUAAACAUAAAACACAUAUUGAGAAAGCAGAUAUAUUUCCUGAUGCUAAAUAG